AUGACUCGUUCUUCUCAUUCAGGAGAAUUACAAUACAUUCCUGAAAUUGAGAAAGUUGCGAGGCAACUAAGGAAGGAAACAAAGCAAAGAAAUAGCUCAUCGAGCUCUGAAGAAGUAAAUUCAACCUGUGAUCCAAUAAACGAGGAGGUUGUAAGUAAAAUGGCCGAACAAAACAAUAGAACACUUAGGGAGUUAGGUACACCGGAUCUAAACCAACAACCUCUAUGUAUAACAGUACCGAAUCUUGAGGUUGAUUUUGCUUUAAAAUCUGGUUUGAUUCAUUUACUCCCUAUUUUUCGAGGUUUGGCUGGUGAAGACCCACAUAAACACUUGAAAGAGUUUCAAGUUGUUUGUGCAGGUAUGAAGCCACGUGGGGUGACUGAUGAGCACAUAACCCUUAGAGCUUUUCCAUUUUCAUUAAAGGAUAAAGCAAAAGAUUGGCUCUAUAAUAUUCCCCCUGAGUCAGUUACUACGUGGAAUGAUGUGAAAAAAUUAUUUCUAGAAAAAUUCUUUCCUGCAUCUAAGGCAACUAAUAUAAGGAAGGAAAUAUAUGGGAUAAGGCAAUGUACAGGGGAAACAUUGUUUGAGUAUUGGGAACGGUUCAAAGGGUUGUGUUCUAGUUGUCCACACCAUCAAAUCUCAGAACAACACCUAAUACAAUAUUUCUAUGAAGGGUUGUUACCUAUGGAUAGAAGUAUGGUGGAUGCAGCCAGCGGUGGUUCAUUGGUUGACAAGACACCCACGGAUACUAGACAACUAAUAUCAACCCUGGCAGAAAACUCUCAACAAUAUGGGACACGAGCAGAUGGGUCAAUCCGUAGAGUUAAUGAGGUAAGUUCUUCUCAAGAUGGGUCAAUCCGUAGAGUUAAUGAGGUAAGUUCUUCUCAACUUGAAAAUAAAAUUUCAGAUUUAACUGUAAGUUCUUCUCAACUUGAAAAUAAAAUUUCAGAUUUAACUACUCUUGUGCGUCAACUUGAAAAUAAAAUUUCAGAUUUAACUACUCUUGUGCGUCAAAUGGCUGUAGGGCAAAUGCAAUCCACAGCUCUUGUGCGUCAAAUGGCUGUAGGGCAAAUGCAAUCCACAGGAGCAUGUGGAAUAUGUUCAUUUGUUGGACAUCCCACAGACAUGUGCCCGACACUGCAAAAUCCAAGUCAAGAGUUGAAUGCAAUCGGGGGAUUUUCUGGUCAACCCAAUCGAAGAUAUGAUCCGUUUUCAAACCAGUAUAAUCCCGGAUGGAGAGAUCAUCCAAACUUGAGUUAUGGGAAUCAAGGGGUGCAACCAAGGUUUCAGAAUCAGAAUUUCAGACAAUUCCAAGCGCCUCAACAAUCUCAACCCCAAGCUUCAAAUUCUGGUAUGUCUUUAGAUGAAAUUGUCAAAGCACUUGCUAAUAACACUCAACAGUUUCACCAAGAAACAAGGGCAGGUAUUCAACAAUUGGGCAAUCAAAUUUCCCAAUUAGCCACUUCUGUUAGCAAGUUGGAAGCUCAAGCUUCAAGGAAAUUACCCUCACAAACGGAGGUGAACCCCAAGGAAAAUGUGAGUGCAAUCACAUUGAGAAGUGGUAAGCAACUUCAGCCAGAAUCCCCAUUACCAGUGGAAGAGGAAAAAGAAGAAAAAUCAAAGGAGGAAAAUGAGUCUAUAGCCAAUGAAAAUUCUAAGGUAAGUUCUGAAUCCUCUGUUGGUCAAUAUAAUUCAUCUCUACCCCCUUUUCCUUCAAGGUUAGCAAAAUCAAAAGAAGAAGAACACGAAAAUCAAAUUCUGGAAACCUUUAGAAAGGUGGAAAUCAACAUCCCCUUGCUAGAAGCCGUAAAGCAAAUUCCGAAGUAUGCAAAGUUUCUAAAAGAACUUUGUACCGGUAAGAGGAAGUUGAAGAGCAAGGAGAAAAUCAUACUGGCUGAUCAAGAAGAUGUCAGGCCAACAAGGGAGCCACAGAGAAGACUCAACCCAACAUUGAAGGAUGUGGUAUUUAAAGAGGUUCUUAAACUCUUAGAUGCAGGUAUAAUCUAUCCGAUUUCUGAUAGUAAAUGGGUAAGUCCAGUGCAUGUAGUGCCAAAGAAAACUGGUAUAACUGUGGUAAAAAAUCAAAAUGAUGAAUUGGUACCAAUGAGAAUACAAAAUGGUUGGAGAAUGUGCAUAGAUUUUAGAAAGUUGAACUUAGCUACAAGGAAAGAUCAUUUUCCUUUACCUUUUGUUGAUCAAAUGUUAGAAAGAUUGGCUGGGAAAUCUUGUUUUUGCUUUUUGGAUGGAUUUUCAGGUUACUAUCAAAUAGCCAUUGCUCAAGAAGACCAAGAAAAGACUACUUUUACUUGUCCAUUUGGAACAUUUGCGUUCCGGCGGAUGCCGUUUGGUUUAUGUAAUGCACCAGGAACAUUCCAAAGAUGCAUGAUGAGUAUUUUUUCUGAAUUUAUUGAAAGCUGCAUAGAAGUGUUUAUGGAUGACUUUACUGUUUAUGGAGAUUCAUUUGAAGUUUGUUUAAAUAAUUUGUCUAAAGUUUUGAAAAGAUGUAUUGAUGCUAAUUUGGUUUUGAAUUAUGAAAAAUGUCAUUUUAUGGUUAGUCAAGGAAUUGUGUUAGGGCAUGUAAUUUCAGCUAAGGGGAUAGAAGUUGAUAAGGCUAAAGUGGAUUUGAUUGUGAACUUACCUUACCCUACAAAAGUUAGGGAAGUUCGUUCUUUUCUUGGACAUGCAGGAUUUUAUCGCAGGUUUAUUAAGGACUUUUCAAGGAUUGCGGUCCCCUUGUCUAAGCUAUUGCAAAAGGAGGUUACUUUUGAGUUUGGGAAAGAAUGUCAAGAAGCUUUUGACAAGCUUAAGGCAUUGCUGACAAGUGCGCCUAUUAUUCAACCCCCAAACUGGGAACUACCCUUUGAGAUUAUGUGCGAUGCCAGCAACUAUGCAGUUGGAGCUGUUUUGGGCCAGAAAGUUGGGAAGCAAAGCCAUGUCAUAUACUAUGCUUCAAGAACAUUGAAUACUGCACAAUGCAGUUACUCCACAACUGAGAAAGAGCUUUUAGCUGUUAUUUUUGCUUUAGAUAAAUUUAGAUCUUAUUUGCUUGGUUCUAAAGUCAUCGUUUUUUCUGACCAUGCAGCAUUGAAAUAUCUUUUGGGAAAAAAAGAAUCUAAGCCUAGGCUAAUAAGAUGGAUUUUAUUACUUCAGGAAUUUGAUUUGACAAUAAAGGAUCGAAAGGGAGCUGAAAAUCCAGUGGCGGAUCAUCUAAGUAGGUUGGUAAGAGAUGAAGAUACACUUCCUAUUUCUGAAAAUUUUCCUGAUGAGCAAUUGUUCCAGAUAUCAGGUAUGGUUCCUUGGUAUGCUGAUCUUGUUAAUUACUUAGUCACUGGAGCUUUUCCUGAUUACCUUAGUAAGUCUAGGAAAGAAAAAAUAAGAAGUGAAGCUAAAUAUUAUGUUUGGGAUGAACCAUAUCUAUGGAAAUUUUGUGCUGAUCAAGUAAUAAGACGAUGUGUGCCUGAAAAUGAAACCAAUGGGCAAGCUGAAGUGUCCAAUAGGGAGGUAAAGUCUAUUUUGGAAAAAACUGUGAACACAGGUAGGAAAGAUUGGAGCUUACGGUUAGAUGAUGCUCUAUGGGCCUACCGGACAGCUUAUAAAACUCCGAUUGGGAUGUCUCCUUAUCGGUUGGUUUUUGGAAAAGCUUGUCAUUUGCCCGUAGAAAUUGCACACAAAUCCUACUGGGCAGUACAACGUUGUAAUAUGGAGAUGAAGAAGGCUGGUGAAGAGAGAAAAUUGCAGUUGCAGGAAUUGGAGGAGUUGAGGUUAGAUGCUUAUGAAAAUUCUAGAAUAUACAAGGAGAAAACCAAGAUGUUCCAUGACAACAUGAUUUUGAGAAAGAGUUUUGAGGUAGGACAAAAAGUUUUAUUAUACAAUUCUCGUUUGAAGCUUAUGCCUGGUAAGUUACGUACUCGUUGGAUUGGACCUUUUGUUGUUUCUAACGUUUUUCCUUAUGGUGCAAUAGAGAUUAAAAGCAUUGAUACAGGAAAAGUUUUUAAGGUUAAUGGUCACAGGUUAAAGCCCUUUCAUGAGGGAAUGUCGAUUUUUAGUUUCGAAGAUGUUGAUUUAGCCCUCCCGGAGUAUUUGUGA